AUGCCAUCCUCUGGGUUCGUCUCUCCACUGGCCAAGCAGCUGUGCCCGACUCCCGACACCCCGCUGUGGCCACUGCCACCACCUGGCCGGGCCCAUGGAGCUGCCAACAGCAGCUGGGUGCUGCUGUGGGAACUGCCGCGGGGGUCAGAAGGGGUGAGGACUCUGGCUUUUCUGCACUCCCUUCUGAGCUGCCUCAUCCCCCCAGCCAACCUGCUGGUGAUUGUGGCUGCCUACCAGCUGAUGAGGAAGCAGCCAGGCACCAGCUACAUCAACAUCCUCAACCUGACCACCACUGACCUGCUGGUGGGCAUGAGGUGCAUCGCUGAGGCACUGGACAACAGCCUCGACAGGGAUUUUGACCGCAGCAAGGCCUGCCUCCUGCGCAUCGCCCCGAGCAUGACGCCUUGCAUCGGCUCCAUCCUGACCCUGCUCCUGAUCUCCCUGUACAGGUACCUGGCGGUGACGCUGCCACUUUCCUACUCCACUCUCCUGAAGAAAAUGCCCAUGGUCCUCUCCCUUGUUGUCCUCUGGAUGCUGUCCUUCCUUUUCUGGCGCUUGCCUCUGAUCUUGCCCUCCCUCCAGCGAGGCAACUACACGGGUUACUGCGGGCUCCUGUACGUGGCCAAGAGUGAGUACCUCUACGCAAUCUGCUUUGGCACCUUUGCUCCAUCGCUGCUGGUGCUGGUGUGCCUGCACGUCUCGGCAGGCAGCAUCGCCUAUGUGCAGCACACGCAGCUCCAGCACGCCUGCACCCAGACGGGGCGCCUCCGCGCCUGCCCGCAGCACUUCAAGGGACUGUGGACCGUGCUCAUCGUCCUCGUUGGCUUCAGCCUCUCCUGGGGCCCCUACCCGGUGGGGGGCACCGUGCAGGCCACCUGCAGCUCCUGCAACCUGGCCGGCCUGCUCAAGGGUGCCUUACUACUGCUGGGCGAGACCAGCUCCCUCAUCAACCCCCUCAUCUGCGCCCUGUACAGCAAAGACAUCCGGAACCACCUCACAAAGCUGCUCAGGUGCAGGAUGAAAGGUGCAGGAUGA